AUGGACAAGGUGGUUGUAAAUAUUGAUGGGUCUAUGACUCUGGGUCCUGGUGGUUUCAAUUCAUAUUUCUAUAAGUUUUGGCGGUUAAUGAGAUUUUUUUACCAUUGUUUUCAUAAUGGUGUGACGCCUAAGAGUAUGAUGUCAUUUUCUGUUGCUCUUAUCUCGAAUGUGGAGUCUCCUUUGGAGUCGGGAGAUUUUAGACCUAUUUCCUUUCUUGGUUCUUUAUAUAAAUUGAUGGCUAAGGUGUUGGCAACUAGGCUUUCCAAGGUUAUGGGGAGUUUAUUUCCCCUGAACAGUCAGCUUUUAUUAAGGGAGGGAACUUGGUGGAUGGAGUGGCUUUCUCUAAAUGAGGUGUUAGUUAUUGCUAAGAUGUCUAAGUGGUUAUCGCCUGUUGAGAAUAUUUUGACUAUCAACGUUGUUCUCAAAAGUUUCGAGCUUGCUUCGGCUCUUAAAUUGAACUUUGCUAAGAUCUUUAUGUUUGGGGUAAAUGUGAGGAGGUCUUUCUUGGAUUUGGCUAAGACAUUUCUUCACUAUAAUGUGGGGUCCCUAUCUUUUAAGUAUCUAGGAUUUCCAGUGGAUGAAAGCCUAAAGAAGAAAAAGACUCGACUUUACAUUUAUUGUUCUUCCACAUCAAUUUAA